AUGGAUAAUGAAUACAUUUCAAACAAGGAUUUGACAAAAAUAUCACCAUCAAAUGACUCUGGCUUAACUACUGAUGUCUCAGUAUGUGAUGUAACUUUUCAACUUAAUAAGGACUCAUCGGAUCGUUGUCAGUCAAACAAUGAAUUGAAUGAGUUAGACAAAUCAAUUCUUCAGAAAACUGAAGUCUCAAAUAAAUUUAUAAAUUAUAUAACAAAUACUAUUGAUAACACAUUAAAUCCAAUGGAUGAUUCAAAUACAGACAGGAGAAAAGUCACAAUUAAUGAACCAUCAGAUAAGCUAAGUCAAGAUAUUCAAUUAAAAGCUGAACAAAUUCUUACUGAUUUACGUUCAUUACCACUGAAUUAUUCUAUAAAAAGAAAAAGAAAGCCUAAUAUGAAAACUUUAAGUUCAACUGCACUUAAUAAAAAUAAACAUGAAGAUGAUGAAGUCGGAGAUCUAGAUGAUAAUGAUGUAACUGCUCUAUUAUCUGAUGGUGGAGAUGAUGAUAGUAAUGAUGAAUAUAAGGAAACAUCACAACUGUUAAAUGAUGAUAAUCAAAUGAAAUCACCGAAUAGAAUUAGUUCCAAGAAGUUUGAAAAUAUACAACAUAAAUCUAAUUUAUUAAAUAUACGUUGUGAUAUGUUACAAAAAUAUAUUCAUUAUUUAGAAGCACGUAAAUGUUCAUUAGAACAUUCUAUUAUAGAAUUAAAUCAAUAUUUUGAAAGAAAUCAACAACAACAACAACGACAACAACAACAAAAUAAAAUAAAGGAAAGUGAAUGUAAAAUAGAUUCACAACAAUUCGAAGAAAUACUUACAAAUCAAAGUAUUGCAUUAAUUAGAGAAAAAGAACAAUCUACACAAUAUCGAUUAAAAUAUGAAUCAGUUGAAGCUGCACGUUUUGAAUUAAGUCAACAACUUCAAUUAACUUCAUCUGAAUAUGAUGCAGAUAAGAGAUUUUAUCAAAAACAAAUUAAACAAUUAGAAGAAGAAAUUCAAGAACGUAUCAAUAAAGCGAAUGAUAUUAAAUAUGUUAAUGAACAAUUACAAAGUGAAAUACUAAAUUUUAAAAGUCAAAUAAAUUCCCUUAAAGAGGAAUUAAAACAAAAAGAAUAUGAAAUGAAUAUGAUUGGUCAGUGUUAUGAUCAGAAAAUCAAGGAAGAAAAUGAACAACAUGAGUUAGAAAUUUUAAAAUUACAAAGAGAAAUAACCGACCUAUCAGACAGAACUUCGAAAGCAUCUACAAAAUCUGAAUAUGAAAUUGAUACAUUAAAUACACAUUUAAGAAUAAGUCAAAAUAAAAUUCAUGAUUUAUUAUGUGAAAAAGAAUAUCUCUGUAAACAACUUCAAGAUAUUACUCACAAAUUAAAUAUUAGUAGUCAAGAAAAAGAAGAACUACAAAAAAAAUGGAUAGAAAGUGAAUUCAUGGAAAUUCAAACAAAUUUAAAAGAUCAUAAAAGUAAACUAAAUGAAAUCCAACUAAAAUAUGAUACAGAUAUUGAAACAUUGAAGAGGAAUCAUGAAGUAGAAAUUGAAAAAUUAAAAAUCGAUUUGAAAGGUAAUGAAUCUUUGAACAAUCAACUUAAGUGUUAUAUCAAUACAUUGGAAAAUUGUAUUUAUAAUUCAACACAACAGAAACAAUUCUGUAAUCAACAAAUACAAACUGAUUAUGCUUAA